AUGGAGGAGAAGAAGAGCAAAGUACUAGUAAUUGGAGCAACAGGAAAUUUAGGAUACCAUUUAGCACAAUUUAGCCUGAAAUUCUCACACCCCACUUUUGUUCUUGUUAGAGACUCUGCUUUCAAUGACCCUCUUAAAGUACAAAAGCUUCAGGCUUUGUCCAAUUCUGGUGCCACACUCAUAAAGGGGUCAUUGGAGGAUGAGAAGAGUCUUGUGGAGGCAGUGAAGCAAGUGGAAGUGGUGAUAUGUUCAAUCCCAUCAAAACAUGCUCUUGAUCAGAGGGUUCUUAUUAGAGUUAUUAAAGAAUCUGGGUGCAUCAAGAGAUUCAUUCCUUCUGAAUUUGGAGCGGAUCCAGAUAGAAUUCAAAUAUCUGACAUGGACUACAACUUCUACUCGAGAAAAGCUGAGAUUCGGCGUCUUGUGGAAGCUGAAGGCAUUCCCUAUACUUAUAUCUCCUGCAACUUCUUGAUGAGCUAUUUGCUUCCUUCACUAGUUCAACCGGGGUUAAAGACUCCACCCAGGGACAAGGUCAGCGUGUUUGGAGAUGGGAAUGUUAAAGCUGUCUUUGUGAAGGAACAGGAUGUUGCUGCCUUCACAAUAUGUUCAGUGGACGACCCACGUACAUUGAACAAGGUGCUGUAUUUGAGGCCUCCAGGAAAUGUUUACUCGAUGAACGAGCUAGUUGAGGUUUGGGAGAGUAAGAUUGGGAAGAAGCUUGAGAAGAUUUAUGUACCAGAAGAUGAGCUGCUUAUAAAAAUCAAAGAGACUCCAUAUCCGGACAACAUGCAGAUGAUUUUCAUAUACUCUACAUUUGUAAAAGGAGAUCACACAUACUUUGACAUUGAUUCUUCCAGGGGAGCAGAAGGGACGCAACUAUAUCCAAAUGUGAAAUACACUACAAUCAGCGAGUUUUUGGAGACCUUGUUGUAA